AUGGAAGACGCCGAGAGCGAGCUACAGCGUCUGGAAUCGAACCACUCGGAGCUGUUGCUGCACCACGAGACACUCAAGAAGCAGCUCGCCUUCAAGAAUGAGCAGCUAAAGCUGUUCCAAGCAGCAGUGAAGGAGGCGCAGCUCUUACUGGACGAGAAGCCAUCGAAAUGA